CGUGCCCCGCGCGCCAUGGCCGCGCCGGAAGUGGCGCGCGGUCGCCAUGGCAACCCCGGCCCGCCGCGGCCAUGGCGGAGCCGCAGGACGCCACGGUUUCUUCAUCGCCAGCGGCUACAGAACCAACAAAACCCCGUCCUAAAAAAGCCCCAGAGCUGCCAAUCCUAGAGAGGAAGAACUGGCUGAUUUAUCUGCUCUACGUCCGCAGAGACUACGAGGAGUGUAAGGCUGUCAUCAAAGAGCAGCUCCAGGAGUCCCAAGGGCUCUGUGAAUAUGCUGUCUAUGUUCAAGCUUUGAUAUUUCGCUUGGAGGGGAAAAUUCAAGAAUCUCUUGAACUUUUCCAGACAUGUUCCAUUCUGAACCCUCGAAGCGCUGACAACCUCAAGCAGGUGGCACGAUCCCUGUUUCUCCUGGGGAAGCACAAGGCAGCCAUCGAAGUGUACAAUGAAGCAGCAAAACUCGAUGAGAAGGACUGGGAGAUCAGCCACAACCUGGGUGUGUGCUACAUGUACCUGAAACACUUCAACAAGGCACGAGACCAGCUCAACAAUGCCCUGGAGCUCAACAGACACGACCUGACCUACAUGAUGCUGGGCAAAAUUCACCUCUUGGAGGGGGAGGUGGAUAAAGCCAUUGAAGUAUAUAAGAAAGCUGUAGAGUUUUCUCCAGAAAACACAGAUCUCCUCACAGCUCUGGGCCUACUGUACCUGCAGACUGGGGAGUACCAGAAGGCUUUUGAACACCUUGGAAAUGUGCUUACCUACGACCCAGGCAACUACAAGGCCACCCUGGCUGCUGGCAGCAUGAUGCAGGCCCACGGGGAUUUCGACGUCGCCCUCUCCAAGUACAAGGUGGUGGCCAGCAGUGUUCCUGAGAGCCCCCCACUCUGGAACAACAUUGGCAUGUGCUUCUUUGGGAAGAAGAAAUACGUGGCAGCUGUCAGCUGCCUAAAGAGGGCAAACUACCUGGCUCCCUUUGACUGGAAGAUCCUGUACAACCUGGGCUUGGUGCACCUCACAAUGCAGCAGUAUGCCUCAGCCUUCCACUUCCUCAGUGCUGCCAUCAACUUCCAGCCCAAGAUGGCAGAGCUCUACAUGCUCCUGGCAGUUGCUCUGACCAACCUUGAGGACAUCGAGAACGCCAAGUGUUCCUAUGAGCAAGCUGUGGCCUUGGACAAAUGGUGGAGAUGGCCCAGAAGAUGGGGGCUGCCCUGCAGGUCGGGGAGAGCCUGGUCUGGACCAAGCCUUCUAAAGAGUCCAAAUCCAAGCAGAAGGCUGCUGUGUCAGGGAAAUCCAGCUCUCAGCAGCCUUUGGGAUCCAACCAGGCCCUGGGUCAAGCCAUGUCCUCUGCUGCAGGGUAUGGGAAAACCAUGCAGCUCCCCCCAGGUGCUGCAACACCAGCUCUGCCAAAAAAGCGUCCCUCCCUGCCUCUGGAACCAGAACAGGAGCAGGACUCAGAAACGAGCCCUGAGGAGAACUCAGCCCCCACAGGGGACGAGGAGCAGGGGAAGGAGAAGCACCAGAGCCAGGAGGCAGCAGAGUAGGGCAGCUCUGGGCAGCACAGGCAGUGCAGGAGCCUCUCCAGGGCUGCCUGGGACUGGGGAAAGGGACCUGCCCCACCCUGCCCCGUGGUGGCUUCUCUUCUGUCAGUCUGGGUGGAGCUGUUCCCUAGCAGUGAUUUUAGCUUGUGGGCUCUGCCUGGUUCCUAGGAGCCACUGCAGUGACCAGAGGUUUCUGUCUAGCUACUCUUAGUGCAGUCACAACUCUGCACAGGUUGGGUGUGAGUCCUCCAGAAGGGCCUUUAGCAAAGCCAGCAGUAGUGAUUUAGGAUCCUGGAUGGUGAGGAGAAUCAAACCCUUCCAGUGGCUGAACUGGUGAGCAGCUGAGUUUGCAUCAAGAACCAGUAAACUGAGGCUUCAGGGCUCUGUGUUGGCUGGUGAAGCUCCCCAGCUGUUUGACAAUGUAUUUCCUGCUUUUGGUUCUGCACUGCUGGACUGUAUCCUCCAUAAUGACCAGCCAGGAGAGGAAGGUUACUCAUGGAAACAUCCUGGAGGCAGCAUGAGCAGGGCUCUGGGUACAUCCCAGCCUUCAGCUGUGCUUUGUUGCUCUUAUCCAAAGGACAUUAAAGCAUCUUUAGAGCCCAGCCAGGAGCUCAGCUGCUCUCCUGCUCCCUGGAGAGCACUGAAAGAGUAGAACCCCUCACUUUCCCCUGGGUUCUGAUAGCCAAAAAGACUGCUCAUUUUAAUGUGGCUUUUUUUUUCCCCUCUCAGGUGUCCUUCCUGCUGGGUUUUGUGUCAGUUCAGCCCCAGGGCAGCACUUCUGUAAGGAUUCCCUCCUGCCAGGAGUUAAACAGAGUUAAAGUUUGUGUAGAGCACUGGCAAAUUGAAACAAACCAGACAAGAAGCAAUGUCAGUCAGGUACAGUGCAGAGAUUUUUAUUCACAUUUAACUUCUUACACUGAAAGUUCCUGCAGCCUACAGAGUGCCUGGGAAGAAGAGGUGAGGACUGCAGAGUAGGGGUGGGCAGGGGCUGCAAAUUCUUCACUGCAGCCCCAAAACUUUAAUUCAAGGCAGAUUUUUGUCCUAUGAUGCUUUGCUAGGAUAAGUGUCACACAGGGAGCACAUACUGCUCUUGGAGGUACUGUGAAGGGAUUUCUUUUAAAUAUAUAUUUUAUGAAAAGCUUAUACAACAGUGAACCAAUUCUUCUAUAAAAUGAAGCAGUAGCACCUUCUUACUUUCUGGGAGCUUCAUGUCUAGGGGAGCAUUUUUAAACAUGUAAUUCCAGUUGGAUAAUAAAUAGAGCUGCAAUUCC